CAUCUGCAAAUGAGAUGCUGUUUCUGCAACUUCCAUUGCUCCUGGCUCUCCUCGUGAGUGGAGACAAUGAAGAGAAUAAGAACUCUAUUCCAGAAGGCUUUCAGGAGCCCGUCUCCUUCCAAGUCUUCUGUGUCUUAUCCUUUCACAACAGUUCUUGGGUGCAAAGUCUGGGCUCAGGCUGGUUGGGUGAGUUGCAGACUCAUGGCUGGAAGAUCAACUCUGGGACUUUUAUUUACCUUUGGCCUUGGUCCAAGGGCAACUUCAGCAAUGAGGAGUUGAUGGAACUGCAAGAUAUUUUUCACAAGCUCCUCACUGGAUUUGUUCAGGAAUUUUACAAACAUGCCAGGAAAUGGCCAUUAGAAUAUCCCUUUGAGGUACAGACAGCAAACGCCUGUGAGUUGCAUGCUGGGAAAGCCCCAGUAGGAUUUGUGCGGAUUGCUUAUCAAGGAUCAGACUUCUUGAGCUUUCAGAACAAGUCAUGGGUGUCCUCUCCAGAGGGUGGAAAGAUGGCUCAGGGCCUCAGAAGACUAUUCAGUUUGUUUGGAGGAACCAAUGAAAUAAUACACAAGCUGCUCAGUGAUACCUGUCCACGUUUCCUCUUGGGUCUUCUUGAUGCUGGGAAGGCAUAUCUCCAGAGACAAGUACGACCGGAGGCCUGGCUGUCUCCUGGCUCCAGCCCUGGCCCUGGCCGUCUGAUGCUGGUUUGUCACGCCUCUGGCUUCUACCCAAAGCCCAUUUGGGUGAUGUGGAUGCGGGGUGAGCAGGAGCAACAGGGCACUCAGAGAAGUGACGUCUUACCUAACGCUGAUGGGACGUGGUAUCUUCAGGUUUCCUUUGAUGUGGAAGCCAGUGAGGCAUCCGGCCUGAGCUGCCGGGUGAGACACAGCAGUCUAGGAGGCCAGGACAUCAUCCUCUACUGGGAUCAUCACAGCUCCGUGGGCUGGAUCGCCUUGGCAGUGAUUGUGACCCUGGUCCUCAUGGCAGGUCUUGCAUUUUGGCUUAGGAAGCACUGUAGUUGAGACAUCUGAUGCUCUUCUGGUUAAAAGUCUUUUCACUUGGCCAAGAGACUGCACUUAGUGACUUUAGUUUUUAGUGAUUUCUCUGAGCCCUUGAAGAGAAACACAGUUUUUAUAUUUGACCAUUCUUAUUUUUUAACUCUAGAGAUUAAUUUGAGUGAAAAUAUUUCUUUAUAUUGAGAGUCCAUUGUACAGCAAAGAUAUCAAACCAGUCAAUCCUAAAGGAAAUCCAUCCUGAAUGUUCACUGGAAGGACUGAUGCUGAAGCUGAAGCGACCAUACUUUGGCCACCUGAUGUGAAGAGUGUACUCAUUGGAAAAGACCUUGAUCCUGGGAAAGACUGAGGGCAGGAGGAGAAGGGGAUGACAGAGGAUGAAAUGGAUGGAUGGCAUCACUGAGUGAAUGAACAUGAGUUUGAACAAUAGUGAGACAGGGAAGGACAGGGAAGCCUGGGCGUGCUGCAGUCCGUGGGGUUGCAAAGAAUUGGACAUGACAGCGAUUGAACAAAUUGAUUUAUAAGUAUUCUAAAUACAAAGCAGAAGGCAGAAUGUAGACUCAUAUUAUUUAAAAUGUUUCAGUGAUAAGGAACAGAGUUAUCACCUUGUUAGACAUAUAGAAUCUUGGACCUCAGCUGAGACUUCCUGAAACACAAUUUGUAUGUCAGCAAAAUCAGCAGGGUUUAUAAAUGCAUUAAAAUUUGAGAAGCACUGAUAUGGGUGACCUCUGAGAGGUAGUCGUACUAGUGUGUCCCUGAAGAGAAAAGAAGAUGAUCAAGAAAAGAGCGCAAGAAUGUUGAUCCUGAGGUUGAAGUGAGAUCAAGGCAAAGAGAUAAAAUAGAACACAUUCUUAUGGAUUUUUGAGGAUAUGCUUUGCAAUGCAGGGAACAUGGGUUUCAUGUGUCCCAUCCCUGGUCAGGGAACUGAGCUGCCAUGGAGCAACUAAGUCCAUGCACCACAACUAGAGAGACUGGGUGCUGCAAUGAAAAGACUCUGCAUGCCAGAACUAGGGCCUGACCCAGCCAAAUACACACAGACCAAAACUGGUCAUCAUUUCAUGAAUCCACAAGUCUCGUUCCUUUCUCACAUUUUCCAUAUCUUCAUCUUAGCAUUAUGGCUAGCAUGUUUUAUACAAUGUUUCUUGUUUCAAUAUAGUUUACUUUGAUGGUCUCUCCUCUCCAGAUUUAGGUCUGCUUUCUGGGGGGAAUCUAAGCAUAAUUCACUACCCUGGUAUAGAAAAUUUUCAGCCCCUAGAAUUUUUCUCCCUCAUGCUUCUACUUCCCAGUCAACAUCCAUUUUUUAUUCAGUAUCUUUUUAAAGACAACAAAUAUUAUAACUUUUAUGACCAGAGUUUAGACUUGUUUUUGAAUUUCAUGUUACUAGGGUCAUAUUGUAAGACCUAUUUUGUGUCUGCCUUCUUUCAGUCGACAUUAUUUUUGUGAGAUUUAUUCAUGUUGUAACAUAUAGCAGUAAUUCAUUAUUUUCCACUGCUGUGUAGUAUUCCAUUGUGUGACUGUACCACCAUUUAGCUGUUCUACUGUGGAUGGACAUUUUCAUUGUUUCCAGAUUUUAGUUAUGUUGAAUACUGUUGCUUUGAACACUUGUAUACAUAUCUUUUUGCAAAUAUAAACAGCCAUUUCUCUUGUAAAUAGACAUACAAAUGAAAUUGCUGAGCACAGUUUAUAUGUAUUUUUCACAUUUAAUAGAUAAGUGGCAAACAAGUUUUCAGUGGUUAUACCAAUCUACCUUUCAUCUUCUUAACAAUGUCACUCAUAUUUGAUGUAUUUACCCUUUACAUUUUAACCCCUCUAAUGGGGGUAUAGUGAAUCCAAAUUUUUUGGUUCAUGUUUCCAUGAUGGCUAAUGGUACUUGAAAUAUUUUCACAUGAUUUUGAACCAUUUAUAUACACUGUUUUGUGAAGUACCAGUUUAAGGUUUUAGCUAUGUGUGUGUGUGUGUG